AUGGGCCGUUUGUUGCGUCUUUCGGACAAAUACUCGACGCCCAUCACUGUUGAUCAACACCAGAAACCCGUUGAAAAUGUCCCGAUGGCAGAUUUUCGUCCGUUCUACGAGGGCGUGGUCAAGGAGAUACCACAGAAAGGAAACUGUUGCCUUUUUUGGGAGUAAAUUGACCGAUCAAGAAGCCUAUUUUGAUAAUUAACAACACAAAAUUGACACAUUGUUUUGUGAUAGUGUAGUCUGUGUGCCACGCCUUGAAAUCAAAAAAGAGAAAAACAAAGACGAAUGCAAAAAUUUUGUAAAAAAAUAAAAGUUUGCGCGUACGUUUGUGUGCAUGUGCAGACACCCCAUACGAAGAAAACAGCAGAGUUCCCGCGCAACGUUUCACGUUCUCGUUUUGUAGAUUCACGGUGUUCCGCGCAAUAAAAAAAAAUGCGAAAUUUUGGGUCCCAGCGGCAUCUCGGAAAAAUAUUAUCCGUAGCGCAUCAUUGCGCCCUUCUCAUGGUUUCUGAUGCAAAAAUUGAAUUUCUUCACUUUUUUCAUUGGUUUUUUGCUUUUUUUCUACUUCUUGCAUUUAUUUGAUCCGCCUCUUUAUGGGUAUCUCAUGUGGAGCUUUAACUUGCGCACUCCCUUCACCGAACGACAUUCCGCUGUUCCGCUGCGUGCGUUCGCGAAGCGUCUUUCGAAUCUAGGUCCCGCUUUCAAUUGAUAUUUAUUGCUGUGCGUGCACAUGAAAGUAGAGUCUUUAAAUAAAAGAAAAAAACAAUUAAAAGCGCGACCAAGGUUCGCAAAGGCGCGCAGUGGAACAGCAGAAUGUCGUUCGGUGAAAUUCCAGGUCGUGGUACACAGGCUAUAAUAGAAUUUUCUAUGCGACUUUGAAAAUUAUUCAGCAAAAAAAGUUUUAUUUUGUGAAAAAUAACCUUCAAAGUACUAAUUCACAAAAAGAAACUUGCCCUUGACCAUUUCACAGGGCACGGCUUUUAAUAUGGCGCCGCAGCGCUGUGAUGGGGUUAUGUCACCUUGGCGCCGUCUCAAUGUCGCUUACGACCAUAUCACGUUGAAAACACGCCAUCCCGUCCGAUCUGGCAAGUUAAGCAACGUUGAGAGCCGGUAGUACUUGGAUCGGAGACGGCUUGGGAAUUCGGCUUGCCGUAAGCUUUUUGCUUUGGUUUUCCAUACAAAAUAUUAGUUUUCAAAUUUUUUUAAGGUGACUGCAGCUUAUAAGUCUAUGAGGCCUUUAUAAUUUUUGAAGAGUUGACUUGAGAAGAAAUUUAUCUUUUUAUUUUUCUGUAUUUCUGGAGACUCACUUCUGUUUGGGUUUCUGCAAGACUUUUUUUAUGGAACCAAAAAAAUUUUUCAAAAAAAUGAGAGUUCGAAAUUUUUUUCCAAACUCGUCCAGCACUGACUGGGGUCCUGCGCGAGGGGCUAAUCCAGGGACGAAGGACAGCACUCGCUUACGACCACAUCACGUUGAAAACACGCCAUCCCGUCCGAUCUGGCAAGUUAAGCAACGUUGAGAGCCGGUAGUACUUGGAUCGGAGACGGCUUGGGAAUUCGGCUUGCCGUAAGCAUUUUUUGCCAUUAGCACUCUGAAAUUAUUUUUUGAAUCAUUAAAUUUCCCAAAGACAGGUGCGAAAAAGUCACAACCAAUGUCAGAACAUAUCAGUUCAUAGUUUCACCAUUAAAAGAAAUAUCCAAAAACCUUUGGAAAACUUCUAAGAAAAAAGUUAGAAGGUCUAUUAAACUUCAUUCUCAAACCUAGGUCACUGGAAAAAAAUCUUCCGCCGGAAACGCUGGGAGAAAGGGAAUAAUUGAGCGCUCUUGAGAAAGCCCUUGACACGGUAUCCACUGGAGAAAGUUGUUUUGACUCGAUUUUUGUAUUGCAGUUUUGUUUUGACCUUUUUUGAGUUACAAACUUAUAGGAAUAACCUUCAAAAUUAUCAAUUUUUUCAGCCUUUUUGAACUUUUCAACUGAACCAAAACGCUUUGAAAUUCAAGCAGUUUUCACAUAAAACAGCUUUUCCCAGUUCCAACCGAAUACUUUCCUUUUCCGAGCUCUAACAAGACUUAUAUGAUUCCUAGGGAGUUAACAUAAAUAAGCAAUGUCCAUAAUUUAUUUCCGUCUCGUCGGCUUGUCAUGUCCUGCGAUGUUUAGCGAAGAUAAUAUUCUCUUUUGACGAUCAGAAAUUAUCCAAAGCCAAUCUGGCAAAACAACCAGAUUGUUCCACUGGUUUUCCUUAUCUCAACUGGAAUAAUUUAGUGUUGAAACUUUUUUGUUAUUGUUUAGGAACUAGUUCGAGUGAAAUAGCGAAUUUUCUUUUUUUUUUUUCCUAUAAAAAUUUUUUUGGGAAUUUUUUUUUGUGUACAUAAAGCUAUUAACAAGGGAAAGUUGAGAGUUUUUGAAUGAAAAAAAUAAAUUUCUUGAACAGCUAAAAGAUUGGACUUUUUUUCUGCUUUAAAAACUGAAAUUUGAGGUUCAGCUUUGCUAAUUUUAAGCUCAAAGUACUGUCCUCAAGAUGAAGAUACCAGAAUAAGAGAAAAAUGAGGAAAAAUAAAUUCGAAUCUCAUUCAAAUAGCCUCUUUUAUUUUCAAGUAAGUUCCCUCUUCUUUUCAAUAUUUUUUGAGGAAGUCAAAAGCUCCAAAAAUGCUCUAGAGGCAUUUUUAAAUGUUUUGCUUUUUCAAGCACCUGCUCAUUUGAUGUAUAAUGAAAGAGCAACAAACUUAAAAUAAAACAAGAAAGAAAGGCAAUUUUUUUAAUAGAAAUUGAGACCAUAAAAUCAUAAAGUUUGUCUUUUUUUGAAAAAAACUUAAAAGUAAAAAAAGCAUUAAAAUUGCCUAAAAAAGUCUUCAUUUCAGUUUUUAAGUUUUUUUAUAAUUAUGAAAUAAAAGUAAAUUAUUUUUUUACUAGAUGAAAUUUAUUUUUUUAAACAAUAAACUUUACUAAUGACAUCUUGAGAGUUUCAAAACCGCUUAAUUUUUCAAUUUUCGAGAACAUUCGGUUCAGCUGAGAAAUGUAUGAUAAAAAACAAGAGUUUCCGCUAUUUUUAAAAUAAUUCUAAACUUUGACGAGAUAUACUUACUCAGCUGGCCAGUCAAAAGCUUAAAAAACACCCUAAGGGCAUUCAAAAGUUCCCUGCCCCUUCCAGCACUCUGUUUUUUUUUCGGAUCAUGAAAAAGAAACAACGACAUUGCUUGUGUAAUAAAUCUUCGAACACUUCCCUAUCCCCUUUUACUAGCCAGAGGGGCAAAGGAACUGGUAUAGUGGAGGCGAUUCGGAUCUCGCCAGCCUCACGUCGCCGGAUUCUUUUUCUUGGCUCCGCCCAUCCGACAGACAAUUUUGGGCCCUUCGGACAACAACACGACUGGCAGGCUUCCUGGAAAAAGACUUGCUGACUUUGGCAGUCUCACUGGAAAGUUGGAUUCGACGUAUAUUCUCCUACUCUACUCGAUAGGAUAG